AUGUCCCCCGCUCCCAUCCAAGAGAAGUGGUGGAAGAACUCCAUCAUCUAUCAGAUCUACCCCGCCAGUUUCAAGGAUUCCAACGGCGAUGGCGUCGGUGAUAUCCCCGGGAUCAUCUCCCAGCUGGACUACAUCCAGAGUCUCGGCGUCGAUGUAGUGUGGCUGUGCCCCAUGUACGACAGCCCCCAGAUUGACAUGGGCUAUGACAUCUCCGACUAUGAGAGUGUAUACGCGCCCUACGGCACAGUGGAGGACAUGGAGCGGUUGAUCGAAGCCUGUCAUAGUCGGGGGCUGCGCAUCAUCCUGGACCUCGUGGUGAACCACACGUCCGAUCAGCACCAGUGGUUCAAGGAAUCGCGGUCGUCCAAGGACAGCCCCAAGCGGGAUUGGUACAUCUGGCGCCCGGCCAAGUACGAUAGCAAUGGCAACCGCAAGCCGCCCAACAACUGGCGCGCGGUGUUUGGCGGCAGUGCGUGGGAGUGGGAUGAAACCACCCAGGAGUACUAUCUGCAUCUGUUCUGUGUCGAGCAACCCGAUAUCAACUGGGAGAACGCCCAGGUACGGCAGGCCGUCUAUGCCUCCGCCAUGGAAUUCUGGUUGAAGAAGGGGGUGGAUGGUUUCCGCGUGGACACCGUCAACAUGUACAGCAAGGACCCCGCCUUCUCGGAUGCCCCCAUCCUCAACCCCAAGUCGGACACCCAGCCGGCCUUUUCGCUGUUCUGUAACGGGCCCCGGAUCCACGAGUAUCUGUCCGAGAUGUACGAGGUGCUCGACAAGUACGACGCCAUGACCGUCGGUGAGCUGCCCCAGACCCCGACUCUCGAGGGUGUUCUGCGCUACGUGUCCGCGGAGAAGAAGCAGCUCAACAUGGUCUUCUCCUUUGACGUGGUCGAUCUGGGCAUGGGCAAAGAUUACAAAUUCCUAACCACCCCGCGCAGCUGGACCCUCCCCGAGCUCAAGGAGGCCAUUGCGCGCGCCCAGAACAUCCUCAAGGGCACUGAUGGCUGGACCACCGUGUUCAUGGAGAACCACGACCAGGGUCGCUCGAUUUCGCGGUUCGGAUCGGAUAAGACCCCGGAGCUACGCGAUGCGUCGGCCAGGAUGCUCGCCAUGUUUCAGUGCACCCUUUCGGGCACGCAAUUCGUCUACCAGGGUCAGGAGAUCGGGAUGGUCAAUGCGCCCGAGGAGUGGCCCAUCGAGGAAUACAAGGAUGUCGACAGCACAAAUUAUUACCACAUGGUGCGCGAAAUGAGCAACAACGAUCCCGCCCAGCUGAAGACCGCCAUGCAGGCGUUGCAGCAUCUGGCCAGAGACCACUCUCGCCUCCCGAUGCAGUGGAGCGCCGACGCUAACGCCGGCUUCUCCUCCCCGACCUCCGAGAAACCCUGGAUGCGUCCCCACGACAACUACACCGAAAUCAACGUCCAGGCGCAGCAGAACGACCCCUCCUCCGUCCUCUCCUUCUGGAAGAAGAUGAUGCGUCUCCGCAAAGAAUAUUCGGAUUCCUUUGUGUUUGGCAUUUUCGAGAUGCUGGACGAGCAGAACCCCAACGUCUUCAGCUACCUCAAGCAAUCGAAACGGGGUACGAUGCUGGUGGCUCUCAACUUCUCCGACACGCCACAAAAGCUCGAGCAACGAUCAGACCUUCAGGGCCGGGACCUGAAACUGCUGCUGAGCACAGCUGCUGGCGAGGCGUCGGUAAGCGAGGAGCUGCGGCCAUUCGAGGGCAGGAUCUACCAGGUAGCCGCCUUGCCGAAUUGA